CCAAAAAGCAGUCGUGGCACAAACCAGCGCUCGUCGCAGUGCAGCCUGCUCGUUCCUCCAUGAAAGAAGGAGUGCACCAGCAAAUUUGGGGAAACGACGACAUGUCUGCGACCGUCUUGUCCGCCUUCUACGACAUGGACAUUCUUUACAAGCAGGAUAAAAGCACGAACAUGAACGCCCUUCACAUCAACAGCAUGCUGGACAAGAAGGCGGUCGGAGCCCCGGUUACCUCUGCGGGCUCCUGUGGCCCCUUCGCGCCGGGAUUUUUCCGUCGGAACUCCACCAGCAACGCGGAGGCAAUGAACAACGGCAACAAGUACACCAUGAGCUCCUCUUACAGCAGCCUGAAGGAGAACACGCCGAGCGGAACGACCACUCUCAUGAACAAGGAAAACAAGUUCCGCGACCGCGCGUACAGCGAGAGCGGAGAGCGGGCCGUGCUGCAGCAGAAGGCCGGCUCUCAGAUCAACUCCACCCGCUACAAGACCGAGCUGUGUCGGCCAUUCGAGGAGAACGGCUCGUGCAAGUACGGCGAGAAGUGUCAGUUCGCCCACGGCUACCACGAGCUCAGGAGCUUGUCCCGCCACCCCAAGUACAAAACGGAGCCGUGCCGCACGUUCCACACCAUCGGCUUCUGCCCCUACGGUCCCCGGUGCCACUUUAUCCACAACGCCGACGAGCGCCGGCCCGCUCCGAGCGCCAAUGCCAACGUGCAGGCGGGGGAGCCCCGCGGCUACGGCCAAAGGGACAUCCUCCCCGCUCCUCAGCAGCAGCUCUGUUACACCCAGAGGGACAGACCAAAGCUUCACCACAGCCUUAGCUUCUCCGGCUUCUCCAGCCACCACGGCCUGGACUCCCCGCUGCUGGAAAGCCCCACGUCGCGGACCCCGCCGCCGCUCGCCUCCUCCUGCAUGUCCUCGUCCAGCUUCUACGACGACGUGCUGUCGCCGAACUCCAUGUCUUGCAUCAACAGUGCCUUCAACUUCCCCGGGCAAGACUUAAAGACUUUGCUGGCCCCGCUGGCCGUGCAUACCUCCGGCGGCUACUCCAACAACCACUCGGCCGGCGGCCCCCACUACGGGGGCGUGCAGGGCGGCAUGUGCCCCCCGUCACCUCCCACAUACAACAUGAGCCACUUGCAGACUCUGCGCCGUCUCAGCGAGUCACCGGUGUUCGAGCCUCCCCCCAGCCCCCCGGACUCUCUCUCAGACAGAGAGAGCUACGCCAGCGGGUCCCUCAGCUCCUCCGGGAGCCUUAGCGGCUCCGAGUCGCCCAGUCUGGACGCUGGGAGACGUUUGCCAAUCUUCAGCAGGCUGUCGAUUUCAGAUGACUGAGCGUGUCUUUUUUUUUCUUCUGUGUAGUGGAUUAUGUCAGCAGCUUCCACCUUGCUAAAGUGCCUUUGAGCAGCAAGACAUUUAUUUCUACCAGCUGAAGAGGUGGUGGCCCUGCUCUGACCUCCCUGGUGGGGGGCAAGUGGGGAAAGUUCCACCCACGGGGAUCAAUAAGUGUCCUUGACCUGGCAUUAGAUUAUAAUGUGUGUGUGUUUUCUGUAAUAUAGCUGUAUCAAAAGUUUAGAUAGCCAACAGAAGGCAUUCCAUCAGUGCCUUGCCCAAGGGCUCAUGCCAGCCUUUCUUCCCUGUUUUUUUUAAUUAAUUGUUUUUGUUAUUGCUCUAUCAGGCGAGUCAGACUUUUCCUGGGAUUAGAUGACUUGACAAGACGAAGAGACUGUAAAAGCGAGUCGAUUUCCUCCUAUCCUGCCAAGAAUAUGCCUUGACUCAAAGUAACAUUUUUUUCCGUUUUCAAAGUGCUUGGUUUUUUUUUUCCUUCUCCUCUGAAAAGCUUCAACUUCCAUUCCAUAUGUCUUCUCACAGCGCUACCCAGUGGUUAGGUUGGUUAGUGUGGCUUGUUGCUUGGUUGAAAAUGCAUUCUUGAGUUGGGUUUGUUUGGGGAAAUCACUGCUGAUGGUUGAAUAUAUCUAUUUUUUUUAGCUGUUUGAGUGAUUUGCAUAGCGGUGCAUAACUGGCUAUGGACUAUUUAACUUAUUUAUUAUCUUGUGAAACAAGUAUAGGCUACAUUGGUAAUUUGUGUCCAUACUAUAUUUAUCAAGUAUGAUGAAGCAAUAGAUCUAUAUUCUUUUAUGUUUAAAUUAUGAUCGCCAUUAUUAAUCUGCAUAAAGUGGAGUGUAUGUUCUUUUUCACAGUAAUAUAUAUUGUUUUCUCCUUUUUUUGUAACUUCACUUGGUUAUUUUUUAUUGUAAAUGAGUAAAAAAAAUCUUAAUUUAAGAAAACGUAUGUGAUAUUUAUUUCAUUAAUUUUGUUUCCUUGUUUACGUUUAUUAAAGUUUGCAUAAUUGCUGUUUUGCUUCUGAGCUUGUGUCAAUGCUGUAGAAGGCUUUUUUUCCCUUCUGAGAAUCCUUAUUUAGAUGAUUCUGUAGAAUGUAAACGGUGUGGUUGUAUAGACCGUCCAAACCUUGUUUUAUUUAGAUCAGCGACAAAGAAUCCAAGUCAAUAAAUUUAACCAAAAAGUAUUUUUUUUUCUUAUUUUCCUUUGCACGAGGUCACACUGUGAUUCCAGCCACGUGCUUAAGAAUGUAGCAAUCCCAAGUGCCCCAGUAUUAUUGUGUAGUGCCUAUGGGGCUCACCAACAUGACAUGCCUUUAAAAUUAACCAAAUAAAGUAUUUUUUUUCUUACAUGGCAUCUUUUAUACACAGGUUCAAAUGAAUGUAGUUUUUGGAUUCUAUUUUUAACUAAAGGUUGUUACCACUCAGAUACUCUGACAACAACAGCCAUAACCUCUCUUAGACCACGUUCCACUUCAUUUGAUUUUUUAUUUUUUU